AUGGCUCCGAGCAAACUCCCACGGUUUUCUCCCCCGGGAAAUCUCGAUGACCUGACAGAGACCAACAAAGAGGAAUGGUCCUCAAAGUACAUCUCGAAAUGGAUGAAUGAUGAGAUUGCCGGGAGGGUCGAGGGCAGAGAGCCGCUUCCGCAGUUCUUCAAUGGCACAGUGACCGCAUACGACCAAAGCCAAGAACCCGUGGAAAUUUCAUGGAAUGCAUUUCCCGCCAAGGUUCAGAAAUAUUUCUCUACUAGAGAUGCUCUUCGGUGGAAAAUUGCGGAUGCAAGUCGCGUACUCCAAGACGAGUAUCUCGAAUGGUCGGUCAAAAGAGAUGGGCCUGACCUCGGGGAGAGCAACGUCUUAAGUGUAGUAAUGACGUGUGAAGGUCCGGAGUAUUGGUCCUUCCUGGGAGAUGCCCAGCCGGAUAAAAUCCUGCAGCUGUAUCGAGAAUUGAACUCGGAUGCUGCGGACCAGAUCCGUGAAGAUGAUCUCUUCUUGACUAAUUCGCAGGAUCAAACAAAAAGGGUCUAUGAUCCUAGGAACAUAUGGAAUUAUACCACUGAUCAGGGCACAAUCGCACACUUGAUCCAGCCUGCAAACACCCUCAGCGCCGAGAUUGACAUCGCAGCCCAAGCUACAGUUAUCCGCAAGAGAGACGACACUGACCCGAUUACGGACAAAAAUGAUCUUAUCCAUUGCAGCAAAUAUGGAAAUCCCUACCGACACUCCGAUCCAUUUAUCGGUUCAGAAAUCAACGGCCUCGCUCGUGAUGGCAAAACGAUAUCAAUCGCGGACCCUGUUGCAUUAUACAUCUCGAAUUUCGAGGACAAGUUCUUCAAACUAGAUAAGCAUGGCGCCGAGAGCAGUACAGAAGACUUGGUGGAUCUUCCGUCCGGAACCAUUAGAUACGAACGCGGUUCCAAGGGGUCUUAUCUACGUGUACGCAUCCAGAUUCCUGACCGCACUUUCGGAACUGGGCCUAAAGAGGGGAAACAACUUACCGUCACUGAUAUCUAUGACACAUCUACCGACCAAUAUAUCUAUUAUGGCGCCCAAUUUGCUGACCAUAUCACGAUGUGUGUGCGUGGUGUUGUAGCUCCUCCACCUUACCAGAGGGCUGAAUCGAAGAACUGCCCAGGAGCUGCACCGUUACUGGCAGCAUCUGCGUGUAGCACGCGCUGA